UAUUCAUAUGUACAGACCAACAACGCCAUUGCCGUUUUAGACAUGGCUACAGCUACAUUUGACAACAUCUAUCCACUGGGAACAAAGUACUGGGGCGUGUCAUCAUUAGAUGCAAGUGACGAUGAUGGAGGAAUCCGCUUUCGCAACUGGCCGAUAUAUGGCCUUCGACAACCGGACGCCAUAUCAUAUUUCCUGCACGGCGACACGGGCUACAUCGUGACAGCCAAUGAAGGCGCUCCUACCAAGGUGUUUUUUCAGAACGUGUCGUAUGACGAACAACUGAAAGGGAAAGACAUCUAUAAAAUGGAUCUUCUCUCAUCCUCUUUUCCGUCGGAAAGACUGAGAGAAGCUCUAAGCGAAGACCCCGAGUUAGGCUGCCUGAGGUUCAGCUCCGCUGACGGCUUGGACCCUACAGAACCGUCCAAACUCUACCGGCUGCACGCGUUCGGAGGACGGGGUGUGUCCAUUUUCCGGGCGGACGACCUGAGCUUGGUGUGGGACAGCGGAGACGACCUGGAGAGAAUGGAGGCGAAGUUCUACCCGGAGAUCUUCAACUCACGGUACGACGAUAAGCCAGAUGAAACACCAACUGACGAGUUCGACGACAGAUCAUGCAAGAGGGGACCGGAGCCUCAGUCACUGACUGUGGGUCGCAUUGGGAACCAAACAAUUAUCUUCAUCAGCGCUCAGAAGACAGGGUCCGUCUUUAUCUACUCUCUUGACACCGGGGAGCAAAUAACGCCCACUUUCCAGAGCGUGUACUGGGGAGGCAGGGCGGACCUGACCUGGGAGGAGGCGUACCGGGCCAGGCAGGUCGGAGACAUGGACCCGGAGGACAUGAGCUUUGUUCCCGGGGACAGGAGUCCUAACGGCACGCCUCUCCUUCUGGUGGCGGGGACGUCCAGUGGGACUGUGUCUGUAUACGAGGUGAUGGAAUCGGUGGUGACCGCCAAAGCCAGCACCAAAACACCUGACCUGUAUCUGGGACUGACCACCAUUCUGUGUCUCCUGGUCAUCAGUGGCUAACUACAACAUCUAUUCAUAACAAAUGUCUUCAAAAUAUGUUAAAGACAGGGUUUAGCAUCUUUGUUAUCAUGGAGAUUCUAGGAAGUAAUCAUGUCUACAGAAGAAAAUCAUAUUCAUGGAAGAAGUUAUGCCAUAUCAAAUGUAUAGUCUCUUGAAAACCUUACAUGUAAUCAAGGACAUUUCAUUUCAUAGUUUCUAUGUAACGCCCAACAUAUCUUGAACUAUACUUCUGUAGACAUGUUUGCCAGAGUCAUAUAGACUGUAACAUUCAACUAUGUGAGGCUUUCAUAAGGAGUGAUACUUUCUGUAAAACAAGUCAUACUUUGAACUGAAUUGUGUAUUCCCAAUAUUAAAGACAUGAUACGAAAGUCGCAUGCUUCAGCAUUACUUUUUAAUUUGUUUCAAAAUUACUUUCAUGAUAGUUCAUAGCUUUUGUGCUAACAAGGUGGGAGUGAUACAGAUAACUACUGUACCAAAGAUACAAAGUAUUUAUCCGAUCUUGUUGCUACAGUACAGGGCAUGUCCUCUGUGCACCUUUAAGGUAAGGCUUGCCUUACUAGACCAACUUUCCCUCAUCCCUCACUGAACAGACUUUAAGUCACGGAUUUGUUCUAUGUAUAAAAUGUUUGACUGCAAGUAAAUCUUUUAGAUUCAUAAACAUCAAUUUCAUUGAAACAUAAGAGAGAA